AUGCAUAGACUUCGCGGUGUAAUCCUUUCCUUAAAUGAACCAAGACCUGCAGUGAGAAGAAGAGGUACAAACGGCAACGACCGAAACAUGGAAGGGUAUGAACAAAUUCAGGAAGAUGUCCAAGAAGCCGUUGACUCCCAAGACUCUGCGCCACGAUUAUCUUUAGAUGACCAUCUAGAACACCAUCAGCUAACAUUGCCAAUGAAUGGACUAGUCGAUUCACGCCCGGAGUGCACCAAUGAUAUCAUCUCAAACGAGGAAGCUACACGGGAAAACACAACAGUCCAAAACAACACACACUCAAUUUCCGGCGACGAUAUGGUAAGAUCUUCAGCAAACCCAUUAUUACCACCUAUGUACAUUAUGGGGUUAUCUACUCCCGUGGAGAUAGAACUUCUCAUGGCAGAAGACUAUUACAAUGAUCGUAUUACCAGUCUGCAACAACGAGGACUAAUUUCAAUUGUAACCGAGCCAAUCUCGAUACCGACGGGAAAAGAAAAUACUAUUAUGCAGAUUCUCACACCGGUUACAAGCAGCGUAGAUGAGCUUGAGGUUUGCUUCUGUGGAGCGCCAUAUGCGGAUACAACAUCAAAAAUUGAGAACGAUUCGCAUGAGGCAGUUCAGAUACCGGAAUGUCCCCAUAUUUUCGGAAAACAUUGUAUUUUGCAGUGGUUAAAUGAGAAUCAGGUUCCGACUUGUCCGAUGUGUAGGAAAAAGGUAACUUUGGCGAGGGAUGUGCCGGGGGAGCGAAUGGAUGAUCAAGAGUUGUAUAGGGUCAUUGAUUACCAUUAUUCACAACCUGAAUAG